UUUAGCCCCCCUGCCCAACCCCUUUGAAAUGGUCUUUAAUGGGUACCAGAUUUUUCACCCAGUAAUCUAAUCUCUUGCCAGCAGUUUCUCAAGGUAUCCUACAGUUUGCGCUGAAAGGCAUCCUCACCUUUAAGGAGAGCGAGGAGUGUGUGGGGUGUGUAGAACGGAGCUGCAGACGCGGGACUUCCUUCGGCUCUAAAAUGUUUGUGAGUUUGUGAUUGUGGUCAGCGCUGCACACUGGAAAGAGCCAUAUUUAAUAUAACCUAACAAAAGUCACGGGUGCAUUUUCCAGCGCAACACAAAAUAUUACGAAUACGGGGAAAUUUAACUUUCUCUGUCCAGAUUUUAUCCAACAGUGUGGGCAAAUAACGGAACAAUGGGAUUCUAACGGGAUGUUCGAGAUUAACAUUUUACGGUCGUGCGCAGUCCUCAAAUUCUGAAUUUGGAUGAUCGGAACUUUUUUGUGCGAGCGUUUAGUUUGCUGUUCUCCCAGCAACUGAUUCAAACCUGCUCGUUUGGACUGAAUUUUGAGAUGAACAAAAAGUGACAUAGCGACUCAUCUCUUCUGCACUCCUAACCGAUUUAUACAACGCCAUGAAAGACGAUUUUGCCGACGAGGAGGAAGUACAGUCUUUUGGAUACAAGCGGUUCGGUAUCCAGGAGGGUACCCAGUGUACUAAGUGUAAGAAUGAGUGGGCACUGAAGACCUCCAUAGCACUGCUCUACGUGCUGUGCACUCUACUCACCAUUGCUGUUGCUGUCCUCGGGUAUAAAGUGGUGCAAAAGGUUGACAAUGUGUCCGAAGGUAUCGAGAGCUAUGGGGGGAAGAUCAUUGCUGUGGAAACAGACUUGAAAAAGCUAGAUGACCAGACUGGCGAGAAGUCGGAGAACACCACCACAGAAAUCCAGGCCUUUAAGAACAACAUCUGGGCUCUGCAGAGGCAGCUGUCCGAGGUGGCUGAAAGGAGCAGUAGUAACCGGGCAGCCCUGGGUCGUCUGCAGGAUGCUGGCCAGGACAUGCAAGGCAGCCAGGGCUCCAUCCAGGGUCUGCUGGAUGCCAACACAGCCAUGCUGAGGUCCGUCAACGGCACCUUGCGGGCCUACGGCGGCACCAUGGAGGGUCUUCAGGACGACACGGCUCGGCUGCAGACGGAGCUCCAGGAGCAGGUUCGGCAGCAGGGCCAGGCCCUGUUCAGCAUCGGGAAUCUCAACCUCACCCAGGCCCAACAAAGGGGCCUGAUCUUGGCUUUGCAGAGGUCAGUGGACGACACCAGCCAGGCAAUCCAGAAGAUCCGCAAUGACUUCCAGAGCAUAGAGCAGACGGCCAGGCAGACUAAGUCGGAUGCUGAUUGGCUGCGGGAGAAGGUGCAGAACCUCCAGGUGCUGGCCUCCAACGCCUCUGUCCUGGCCAAGGCCAACAACGACAUUCUGGAGGACGUGGGUUCUCAGCUGGCCUCGCUGUCCGGACAGCUGCAGAACACCUCCAGCCUGGCGGAGAACCACGACCAGACCCUCAGGGAGAUCAUGGACCAGCAGAGGGACCAUGACAACCUCACCUCCUCCAAGUUCGACCAGCUGGAGAUACGCCUGGACGAGUCGGAGGGGAGCAUCGACCGUGUCACGGGCAACAUCAGCUUUACAACCCAACUCCUGGGCGCCAUCAAUCUCAACCUCAACGAGCUGCGCACCUGCGCUGAAACGGUAGGACGCCACUCCGACUACCUGGCUGACCUGAACUCCACGGUUUUGGACGUGAGGUCGGACACCACCACACUAAGGUUGCAGCAGGACGACCUGGCGGCCCGCCUCGACAAAGAGGUCACCAGCCUCUCCAUUGUCAUGGAGGAGAUGAAACUGGUGGACAGCAAGCACUCACAGCUAAUCACCAACUUCACCAUUCUCCAGGGUCCACCUGGUCCCAGAGGCCCGCGGGGAGACAAAGGACCCCAGGGAGUGGCAGGUCAGGCCGGUCAGAAGGGGGAAAAAGGGGAUAAAGGUGGGCCUGGGGUGCAGGGGCUCCGUGGAGAGAAGGGAUCACCAGGACCACUGGGACUAACAGGUUCCAGAGGUCAACAAGGCUCACGGGGCAACCCAGGUUCAAAGGGCUCCCGAGGGUCAGGCGGCAGGGCAGGACCUCCGGGUGCGAAGGGUGAGCCAGGAACGGCUGGGCUCCUUGGGAGAGAUGGACAGCCCGGUCCUCAGGGGCCCCAGGGCCCGCCGGGAGACCUAGGACAGGUGGGGCCGGCUGGGGUACAGGGACCCAGGGGAGUGAUGGGGCCUGUGGGGGCCCCAGGGCCACCUGGACUACCAGGACAUCCUGCCCGACCUGCAGCAGUAGCAGCAGUGCCUUUGGCCUCUGUCUCUCUGAAGAGUGACUCCCCCGCCCCUACAGUGUUGGCCCCAGGUUGUCCUCAUGAGUGGGUUGGCUUCAGAGACAAAUGCUACCACUUCUCCAGGGAGCUGCACAACUUUGACGAUGCAAAGAAAAGCUGUGAUGCCCAGACUGCGUCAAUGGUGAUCAUUAACGAUAUCGCUGAACAGAAAUGGCUGCAGAAGCAGACCUCUGGAAAGGGCUACUUCUGGAUGGGUCUGACAGAUAGGGAGAAGGAGAAUGUUUGGCACUGGCUGGAUGGAACCGAACCUGCCUUCACGAAGUGGAAGCCGGGCCAGCCAGACAACUGGAGCCACGGGCAUGAGAGAGGAGAGGACUGCGCAGGCCUCAUCCACGAGGGACUGUGGAAUGAUUUCUUCUGUGAAGAUCUCAUCAGCUACAUCUGUGAGAAAGCCAUGGAGAGCUCAAAAACUCCAGGGUUAUAGCACCCUCUGGGGAAGAAGAAUAAGAAGCACAGUUGAGUCAGAGGCGGUGUGGUGAGCAGCAUUAUGUUCCACCCACAAGUGUAACUAGCCCUCUGACACACUUUUGCAUGGAUAUGCUGUAUGGAGAGAGACGAGGGACAAACUGCACAUGCCUGAAUCGGGACUAAGGCUGCAUUCACUGAGCUUUCCCCCUCGAGUGGCCAGAUUCAGCUAUCCUCCAAAGUGAUUCCAGACCAUUACUUCCAGAAUUUGCAUUCCAACAACAUGACAAUCAAGAGUUGAGAGGAUCCAUAUUGUUUUUUAAAAUAAUGACCCAAGUAAUUGACUCAUAGAUUGGUCUCAUUGUUUUUAAUGCUGUUUUUUUGUACGACUUUAGUCCAUUUAUAUCCGAUUAUCUGAAUGUAUAUUUUCAUAUUGCAGUUCUUCUCAAUGUAGAUCAUUAUUUCAGCAGUGCCAAUGGGAAUCACCACAGUGCCCUUUUCACGGUUUAAAGUCUAGUUCCACAAUGAUGUAAGGUGCAAAAUGAUGCGCAAAAAAAGAAGCUAAGAAAUGUCGCUGAUAUGCUAUCCUUGAGGAACACCCGUCCUUUCUCAAACCUCAAGAACUGUCUAGCUAUAUAUAUAUAAAACUAUGUUAUUAUACACAUGCAUUUGAAUAAAUGAUGUAUUUACACACAACAGUCAGAAGGUCUGCUUGGUUGUAAGUCAAGAUUGCACAAGUGUACAUGUUAGUGUUUCUUGACGGCACUGUACUUUGGCUUAUGGUGCCUGUAUUGUUUUAUGAGUGUGAACUUUCCACAAAGUAGCAAUAGUCUGUGGUCACGUUCCAGGCUGACUACAUUGCAAACGUUGCAUUUACAUCAACCAAUGGUUGCGAGCGACCCCCCCCCCCCCCCCCC